GUGAAUUGGUUUUCUUUCAGUAUCAGUCUCAGUGUUUACUUAAUACUUUAAUUACUGUUUUGUUUUUAGUAGUGUAUAGGCCUAGUUGUUUCAGAGAGACUUAACAGGUUCUUGUGCACGCUUAUCCAAGAAUAUGGAAGUGUACUCCGAUGGGGUUCGAAGCAGGUGUACACUAGUUACAUCACUGCUAACACAUCACUAUACAGUCCCUUGCAUAGCUGUUGGAAUGUUAUGGACCAAGUGAACCAAGUUGAAUAACCCAGCAUUCAUCUAAGGCCUAACAACCACACUAAUCAACCGUUGUGGCAGAAGAAGAUCUUUAUAUUCAAACUAAAUUUCAACUAUUGUUAUUCAUUAGCAUACGUCUUAAUUGAGAGUUUGAUAACAACAAUUUUAAAAGAAAAUCAGAACCUAACAAGAACUAAGAGAAAAUGAGUGAAACAGUGGAGUCAGUUUUCAUAGGAGUUAGUCACACUGAGUACGGCUUGGUUUACGCCUCUGCCUUGCAAUUUAACAAUGUUAUAAUAGCACAUGGCAGCUUACUGCACAGACUGUACUAUGAAAAUUUUAGUUGUCAUAUCACACCUGAUGUAUAUAAGGCUUUGAGGGAUGAACUUUCAAAACAACAGUUGUUUGUUGAAAAUCCUACAAAUGUGACUUUUAACUUUGAGGUUAUUGGGCCAAAUAAAAAUGAUGACAUGCAAUAUGAGACGCAAGAAGCAAGACUUUGCAGCUUGUACACUCAUGACAGUUUAAAAGAAUUUUAUGUGAAUUAUGAAAAUAUGGACCAAAAUGCAAACCAAUAUAUUGAGAUAUCGUCAGAUUUCUUGAUAUUGAUGAUUGGACCAUCCAAACGAAGGUUUGUUCAAACAUUUUUUACAUUGUUGAGACUCAUUGAAAAAACGGCUUUCAAUACAGGAUUAGAGGUAUGCGUAGAAUCUACUCCUUUUAACGACUUGUUGUUUCACAACUCUUUGGCCCGAGGAAUAAUUAGCAAAACGUAUGGAACAGAUGGAGAACAAUUUCUGAUGGAUGUAUCACUGGUUCCUGGCGUUGAGGGUGCUCCAAUCUAUGUCUUCAAGAGCGGGAAGAAAGAUUCUAUAAUUGGUAUUGUUGUAUGCGUCUUGACCAACCAGGAACCAGGGUUUUCUCUUUGCCUGAAUUUAAAAGCUCUUCUCCAUGGUUACAUAAAUUCUCAUUCUCAAAGCUUCGUCCCGAUGUUGGUUUAUUCAGCAGUACGUCAGAAUCAGAAAUCUUCAUCUCCCUUGAACAUGGAGCUAUUGUCGUCUGCAGUAUUGUUCGUCCGCAGUGGCCACAGCUGGGGCUCGGGCGUUGUGGUGAAUGCUGAACACGGCAUUGUACUAUCCUGCGCUCAUGUCGUGAAUAACGACGUGAACAAUGUUUAUGUGGUAUUUAACGGAGAGAGGUACCCUGCCAAGGUUCUGUUCACUAACCUGACUGAUCUGCCUUUCGACAUAGCUGUAUUGUGUGUCGGAAACAUUCCUGGCUUGGGGUCUCUCAUAAUGGCGACGGAGUCACCCGUAGUUGGUGAAGCAGUAUUUGCUGUAGGCUUUCCUCUUUCCACUGAAUCAGCCAUUAUUGAAAAUGGAACCCCUACAGUCACGGGAGGUUGUAUUUCAAAGAUCAGUCCAGACGGGGGCCCCGUCCACGUCAGCUGUUGUAUCCACGCAGGUUUGAGUGGUGGGGCAUUGUUGCGACCACCAAAUCAGCUGUUAGGGCUGAUCACCAGCAACCUCAGCACAGAUUGUAUGAUAUACUAUCACUAUGGAAUGAUCUUGUCCGUGGAUGAUUUUCGAAAUAUCAUAGUAAACUAUAUCCAGACAAGAGAUCCCACCUGUCUGAAGUUAUUAACUGUGAGGAGAGAAGACUUAAGAAUCAAAUGGUUGAAACUGGAGGGCAAACUGUAAAAUUCAGUUUGCUGUUUAGUAAAGUGCAAAACAUUUUAGCUUUGUUAUCAAGGUAAUUGUUUUUAGAAUAUACACUGUUUCACCAGAAGUUGAAUUUUAUGGAGAUAAGAGAUUAUUAUUGUGAUUAUGUAUCAACUACUUGUAAAACCAUACAAUAGUAAGGUGGUUGAAAUGAAAGUCAAUUGUACUCGAGAUUUACCCUAGCCGAUUAGCUAUUUUCUAUGAUAGCUUUUUUAUAUUUUCAUUUUGGUUUUUAGUCUAUGUUUUGUUUUAAUGCAUUUAGUUUAUUUAUUAAAUAGCCAAUAUAUUAUUAUUGCCAUAUUCCUACUUGUGGAAUUUUACAGGAAUUUGUAAUUUUUAUCUUGAAUAGUUGAUCAGAUAUUAGUAUAGCAUCACCAUCAUAUUUAUCCGAUUCUUUAAAUAUUAUAUAUUAGUAAGAUAUUGUCAGUAGUACCAUUGACUAUAUAGGUAGUACCUAAUAUAGUAUGUUUGAGUGUUUUAUUUUGUUUGUUAUAUAAUCACUAAAACAUUGGCCUACAAAACAUUGUAACCAAGGGCUAUUAUGUGAUAAAUUCUCAUUUAUGUGGUUUCUAUUAUGAUGCAAUAAUUAGUCAAACAGCAGUUUAGCCUCAACAACCAAAGUGAAAGAUUACUUUUGGCUCACAACUGUUCAGUAGUAUAGUACUGUUAUAGUUAGUUUUCAUAGCAAUGUGAUAAAUUAUAUUUAAACUUGUUAAAUAUUUUUGAAAAUUGCCAUUUUUAUCUCGGUAAUUGUUCCAAUUAUUAAGUAAGAUUGUUAAAAGGAUAUUUCAUUAGAUACUUACCAUGGAUAAUUUUUUGUAAAUAACAUAUUUUGCGCUAAAUCUCAUAGUGUUUAACAUAUUUCAUAAAAAGCUCUUUACCUGAUGCUCAAAAUGGUGUAACUUCUAACUGAACAUAUGUGGACUGUACUGAACAAUUUGGAGUCAAAAUAGAGCUUUUACUUAGGAAGUUGAGGUUUGGUUCUAAUUGCACUGUGCAAUUAGUUUGUGUUAACAACUGAAACAAGACUUAAACAGUAUAAACAAACAUAUAUGAUAAAAUCAAUAUUUAAAAAAAUUGUACUCCAACAUUUGUUAGUAGUGAAUUUCAUAUGAAUUAGUGAUUGUUAACUCGACUAAAUAGCCAAACCAUUUACUUACUUGUUAUACAAUUGAAUAGUCAAGGCUGCUAUAAAGUAGCCUUGUUCAAUAGUGCUAGAAGGAGCAAUGUGUGGAAUAUGAGUGUUGUAUAUUUUAUUAUGCUUUAAUGUCAGAAAAUGUUACUAUGUUACUAUACACAUGUUCUGUGCAUUUUAUGAGUCUAGACAUUUAUUGUAUGUUAUUCCUUGAUGUUUUUGUAGGUUUGUAGUCUAUUUACAACAAAGGGGGGUUAAAAAAUUAAAUAUAUGAAUUGCAAGGUUAUAAAAAUGAAUAUUUUGCUAUUAAAACACUGUGUUACAACAUUAGAAUCCAAAAUAUGACAAUAUUGUAGGUUUAUCUAGUCGUUCUAGGAAUGAGUGGUUGUUAUCUAGAGCAUGGACUACUUAACUGUACAUUACUCAUUCAUGUACAAACUGUAAGAAUAUGAAAGUGUUUUCUUUGAGUAAAGACAGUGCCUUAGGAAAAUAUUGUGUGCAAUUUUAAAUCUAAAACAACUUAGUUUUUAUGUAAUGUUCUAGUUGAAAUUGUGGCUUAAUAUCUUAUUGUAUUGUACGAGUAGUUCAAAAUACAUUUUAAGAAACAUUAACAUUGUUUGUUAGUUAAAAGUAAAUAUUAUGUUACUUGGUCAUAGCAAAACACAAUCUUUUAGAGAAUUUAAUUCUUAAAUAUACCAAUGAAAUGUGUGUGGCGUGUGACAGUAAUUUUAUAUAGUAUAUUCUAGUUUCAACAUUAUCAUUCCAGUUACAUAUACUUCUUAUGUAUUUUAUAUUUUUAUAUA